CAACGAUUGGUAGCGCCCGCUGUGGCUCACAGAAGUUACAUUGAGCCGCGCGGCGGAGCGGGAGGGGGUGGGUGUCAGAUCGAGGAUUGUGGGUCAGCUGCCAACGUCGCCUGGCUCCUCUACUUGCUAGCUGUUCGGAGUCAACUCGAGAGCUUUCUUAGAAGAUGAGAAAUAAUUGUUUCGCCUGCGGUAGCCGCUCUUCUUCUGUGGUAAUAAGGAAUUAUUCGUGACAACUGUUAUCGCUGCAGACGACAGAACGGGAUGAGCUUUUCGAGGACGCACCAUUGAAGAAUAGUUAUGGCAGAGCAAGACGUUUGUCCUCACCUGGACUCCAUAGGUGAGGUGACCAAGGAUGAUCUACUGAAGAAAUCAAAGGGGACUUGUCAGUCAUGUGGUGCUGGGGGGCCAAACCUGUGGGCCUGUCUGCAGAGUGACUGUCCUUACGUUGGAUGUGGAGAGUCUCAUUCUGAUCACAGCACCUUGCAUGCACAGGCAAAAAAGCAUAAUCUGACGGUGAACCUAACAACCUUCAGGAUCUGGUGUUACACAUGUGAGCGGGAGGUCUUUCUAGACCAGAGACCAGCCCUGGUCCCUGUGCCUUCUGCACCUCACCACUGCAAAGCUGCAGAGCAGGAUGGAGCUCCACAGUCUGGAUGUCGCCCACUGAAAGCUGUUCCAAUUGCCGUGGCAGAAGAAGACGGCUCAGAAUCAGAAGAAGAUGAGCUAAAACCUAGAGGUCUAACAGGAAUGAAGAAUAUUGGAAACUCCUGCUACAUGAAUGCUGCUCUGCAAGCUUUGUCCAACUGCCCUCCCCUCACCCAGUUUUUCCUGGACUGCAGCGGUCUGGUCCGGACUGAUAAGAAGCCUGCUCUGUGCAAGAGCUACCAGAAACUCAUCUCAGAGCUCUGGCAUAAGAAAAGGCCCAGCUAUGUCGUGCCUACCAGCCUCUCCCACGGUAUCAAACUAGUUAACCCCAUGUUUCGAGGUUAUGCACAGCAGGACACCCAGGAGUUCCUGCGCUGUCUGAUGGACCAGUUACACGAGGAACUGAAGGAACCUCUGACCGAGUGCAACAUGAGCGGGGAGGGAAGCGACGGCGAGGACAGGAGAGACGGGGACUGUUCCCCAUCAGAGGACGAGUUCCUGUCCUGUGACUCCGGCUCCAGCAGUGAUCGGGGAGAGGGAGGAGGCGUAGGGGAUGGAGAGCUCCUCCUGCUGGACGAUUGCGAUGGAGUGAGGUCUCCCUCUGUAGGGUUAGGCGGUUCUGCCACGCUCAUCUCAGAGAAAGAGAGGCUAAAGGAGAAGAGAGUGUCGGGGUCACCUCUUCGGGGAGCCUCGCAGGAGAUGGACGAGGACGCCGAUGUGGACACGGCUGCUGAGGAGGGAGCUCCUGAGAGAGGGGAGGAGGAGGAGGAGGAGGAGGAGGAGGAGGAGCCGGGACCACCCUCAAACGCAGACAUCCAAAACCAGGACAACAACCAAAUAUCAAACACAGGACAGGUCCAGAGGAACAACACGUCAGAGCCAAACAACGAAGCACCAAUGACCCAACCUCAGUCUACUCCCUGCAGCCCUGUGCGAACCCUGCAGGAGCUUCACCACAAGCUUUCAUCAAGCCCUCCACGCUCCAGCCCCCUCCGCUCGGCAGGUCCUGCAUACUCAUUAAAAAAAGCUCAGUUGCUGCUCAGUUCCAGGAAGAAGAAGCAGUCUCACUAUCGGAGCGUGAUCUCUGACAUCUUUGACGGUUCCAUUCUCAGCUUGGUCCAGUGUUUAACCUGUGACAGGGUUUCUACCACUGUAGAAACCUUCCAGGACUUAUCUCUCCCUAUUCCGGGAAAAGAAGACUUGGCCAAGCUUCACUCCUCCAUCCAUCAAAACCUUCCAGUCAAGACUGGUGUGUGUCCUGACUCGUACAGCUCGCAGGGGUGGAUCUCCUUCAUCAUGGAUUCUAUACGCAGGUUUGUUGUCUCAUGUAUCCCCACUUGGUUUUGGGGCCCCAUGGUGACCUUGGAGGACUGCCUCGCUGCCUUUUUUGCUGCAGAUGAGCUCAAAGGAGACAACAUGUACAGCUGUGAGAGAUGUAAAAAGUUGCGAAACGGCAUUAAAUACUGCAAAGUGCUCAAACUUCCAGAGAUUCUGUGCAUUCAUCUGAAGCGCUUCCGGCACGAAGUCAUGUAUUCGUUUAAGAUAAGCAGCCACGUUUCCUUCCCGCUGGAGGGUCUUGACAUGCGGCCUUUCCUGGCCAAAGAGAGCCCGUCUCAGGUCACCACUUAUGAUCUGCUGUCAGUCAUUUGCCACCACGGCACGGCAGGAAGUGGACACUACAUAGCUUACUGUCAGAAUGUAAUAAAUGGACAGUGGUAUGAGUUUGAUGACCAGUAUGUCACAGAAGUCCAUGAGACGGUGGUGCAGAACGCAGAGGCCUAUGUGUUGUUCUAUAGGAAGAGUAGCGACGAGGCGGUCCGAGAAAGGCAGAAGGUGGUGGCUUUAGCCAAUAUGAAGGAGCCCAGUCUGCUGCAGUUUUACAUCUCCAGAGAGUGGCUCAACAAGUUCAACACCUUUGCAGAACCGGGCCCGAUCAGCAAUCAGACGUUUCUUUGUCAGCACCGAGGCAUUCCUCCGAAUAAGUACCACUACAUAGAUGAUCUGGUGGUGAUUGUCCCCCAGAAUGUGUGGGAAUAUCUUUACAACAGUUUUGGGGGGGGUCCAGCAGUCAACCACCUGUACAUUUGUGGCAUCUGUCAGGUAGAGAUCGAAACGUUGGCCAAACGCAGGAAAACUGAAAUAGACACUUUCAUCAAGCUAAACAAAGAGUUCCAGGCUGAGGAGGCUCCCACAGUCAUUUUGUGCAUCAGUAUGCAGUGGUUCAGGGAGUGGGAGAGUUUUGUAAAGGGGAAAGACAACGAGCCGCCUGGUCCCAUCGACAAUAGUAAAAUUUGUGUGAUGAAGGGAGGACACAUACAGCUGAAGCAAGGCGCAGAUUAUGGUCAGAUCUCAGAGGAGACGUGGCAGUACCUUUUGGGCAUUUAUGGAGGCGGACCAGAGAUUGCAGUGAGGCAAACCGUGGCUCCAGCUGACCCCGACAGCCUCCACGGAGAGAGGAAGAUUGAAGCAGAGACGAGAGCACUUUGAAAUAAAUACAGAGGUCUUCUGGUUCCUUCUUGAUUCCAGCCCUUACAUGAAGCUGAGGAAUUUGCACCUUGGUGAAGAAGCCGCAUUGUGAGCACUUUGUAAAUGUAGCAACGUGUUAAGUUGAUGCCAGGCUAUAAGAGGAGGAACCUUCAAAUCCUUCAGUUUGAUCUUCAGUGUUUGGGCAUUUUGGAAAACAAACCAUUACUAAGACGUUGUUGGUAGAUGUGGUGUCUCCGUGGCUGCUGUAGUGGCUAUACGUCAUGUACCGCUUUACUGGUUAUGGCAGGCAGACGGCCUCCUGCGUUACGACCCACAAUGCUGCAGGGGACUAAACGCUAAAGUUUAGUCAAGACUUUUAUCUGCUUUAGUGUAAACGACAGCAACAAGGGUUCAUUAACAAGCUUUGUGUUGUAUGUCUGUACAAGUUGCUGCAAACGCAGGCGUGAAAGAUGUAAACCUGAAAUGUGCACUGAACCCUAAAGACUGGAGGUUUAUCCGUUUGGUUAUGUUUGGCCAGUAAGAUAACCAUGAGUUUGUCUAUUGAUGCAUGCACGAGACUAAAUUUGACCUUUUUUGGGGCUCAGAAUGCAUGCCCUUGCAAUUAAGAUAACAUUGAUAGGAUCAUUGUGCAUAAAAACGAUUUAUUACUUGAAGUUUUUCCUGCUUUGUUGAUGCAAGUGUUACCACUGGAUAAGGAUUUUCACAGGUAUAAAGUCAACGAAAAACAUUUUGUUUCAAAGUAUUACUGCAAGUGCAUUUUAGAAGAGUUUACAGGGUAAUCUUUUCCAUUUUAGAACAUGACUAAAAGUAGUUUUGAGAUGACUGCAAAAGAAAAAAAAAUGGCAUGCAGUGCUUCUUCAUUAAAUCAAACUACUUCCUUUUUUUUUUUUUUUUACGAUUGAACAACUCAUUUGACAGAAUCUUAACCACUGUGUUGUAAAAAAAAAAAAAAAAAAGGAACCUAAAAUACCCAAAAGAUAUUUAAUAAUUUGAUCUACAUUACAUGUUUUCUUCUCUUUUCUUUUAUUUCCAUGUUCUCAUACAAGAGCCCCAAAUAACACCCAGUCUUCACCUGUAAAAAAAAACAUGUGCAUGUGUAAAUAUUGAAAUCUUAGUUACAUUUUUAAAUGUUUUUUCUUCACAGAGGUGGAUAUCUUUGAGACGAGAUUAGGCUUUUCCCACCAAAUUCCAUUGUCUUGGUGUCAAAUCACAGAGACGUGCGUUCUCUUAGACAUGGAUAACCUUGCAAUCAUGGAUAUCGCACAAGAAAAAAAGAAGCACUUUUUUUUGGUUUUGUUUGUUUAAAUAUAGAAAUACUUGUAAAAUAUUUAUUUUAUAAAUAUAUAUGCGCAUAUGCAUAUGCAUGCACAUUUUCAGUUGACAUAAAGUUCACAACUCAAAUGACUCUCAGGGUGCAAUCUGACCGAAGGUUUACAGUUUUAAUGUCACAGGAGGGUUUAAAAUGUUUUCAUCCCUAAAAAAAAUCAUAUUGGGGUUACUGUCUAAAAUGUACAGAUGGAAGUAUGUAAUCAUCAAAAACGGCUUGUUACCAGCUAAAACUUGAUCAAUACUUCAGUUUUAAUUUGCUCUUUUUUUUUAAAUUUAAGAUAAAAGGAGCAGAAGGAAGAAAACGUGUUUUAUCUGCCCCUAUAACUACAUCAACAAAAGUAAUUCAGAGUACAUUUAAGUCUGUUUUGUUCAUUUAUUAAUAAAAUGUACUGCCUUGUUGUUGUUAAAUGUAGUUAAAAAAUUGUUGUUUUCUUUAAACCAUGUUAAAUGGAAACUAAAUUCACUACAGCACUGGAUCCCCUUGGAUAAAAUCUAAGCCAAGUCAAUAUAAAGAUUAAAAAGACUUAAAAAUUGACAAAUUACUUUUUUUGGAACUACUAAAAAACCUUAGGUUUAUCCUUUUUUGGCUUAAAUUUAAUAAGCAAAAACAUGAAAAAGUCUUGGAUUAAGAGAGAUCUUAAUUAGAAUUUAAGAUUAAUAAGUAAAGGUUGUAUUACUUUUUUUCCCCUCCAGGUUCUGCAUUACAUUUCUCCUUGUAACAAAAGAAUGACACCAACAGAAAAGAUUUGGAUCAAUUUGACUACAGGUACUUUCAGGAAAUAAAGCUUUACAGAUCCAACUAUGUAAUUAUUUUGACUUGUUAUUUUACGAUAGUGUUUAAUUAAAUUUAGGUUUUUAAACUGUGAUCGUAUUGAUGAAAUUCAGGGCUUUGUACUUCCUCAAAUGCAGAAUCUGUGAGUCGUUUAUAGCUGCACAAAGAAACCGCCUAGAAUGUCAUUUUAUUUUGGAAACCCUGCAAAAAAGACAUUUGCAAGAAUUAUUCAAAUUUAUUUUGGAAAAUAAAAAGCCUUUUAAAAUGUAUUGACACAACAGCAAAUUUAAAAACUUUGCCAGAAAUCCAUAUAUUGGGUUGUAAUUACUACAUUUAUGUAAUUAAUAGCUCUUGUUGUUGUUUGGGGGUAUUCUGUUACAGGUAGCAUCUUGGCACAGCAUCUGUGCUCCUUUCAGAGCAAAACUGAAAAACAAUUAGUGACUCACAGUUUUAGAGUUUGAAAAUGCAUAAAAACUCCUUUUUUGUUGUUUAGUAUGAUAAAAAAGAAAAUUCUUUUGGAUUUUUCUGUUUUUAAUGCCUAAAACAAAUUGGUUACUCAUGAUGUGUACAGACUCAUGCAAAUGUGUUGCUCCAGUUUUUGUGGCCAUUUUUGAACUCCAUGAUUUUAUUUAUAAGUUUAUUUUUAGCAUUCAUUGUAGACAAUAUAAUAAAAAAAAAGUCACACAGAUAUAUCAAACUCAUUUCAGAAAUAAAAUAAAAUGCAUAGAUUAAAAAAAAAUGUACAUAAAUGUAACAAAAAAAUUACUCAGUCAUAAAUGCACUUUUGCAGUGCUGCAUACUGUACGCAGUUACGUCACAUUAAAUUCAUUCAAUAUAAUGAUUUUAACUCAAGUCAGGUGAUGAUAUCACAGAAGACAAAAGGAAAGUUUUCUCUUUGCAUUUAAUUUCGUGGUUUUCACACAUUUCAAGACUUUUUUUAUGGCAGGAUCUCCUCUUAGUGCUCUGGACAUGUUUGCUCUAGGUUUUUAUUUGUACAUUUGAGGGGUAAGUGCAAUGAAAUAAAAGAUGAACUUCUGUGCAAUCUCCAGCGUAUUGCUUUAGAGAGCUCUGCGAAACUUUUAGACAAUAAUAUAUGAAGAAUAUGAAUAUGUAAAUGCUCAGACAGUGCAGAAUAUUCCUGUGCAAUGUUAAGAAAUCUGGAGGUGUUGUGACUUAAUCAUCCCUUCUUGUGUUUUAUUUACAUGUUUUCCUAAUAUUGAACAGUGUACGUUGUCAUGACAAUAGUGAUGCUUUAAACUGUAGUUGAUCACACGUUUAUGUGAUGUCUUAAUCUCUGUAUAACUAGUGUAAAGACACAUGGCUGGUUUGAUAAAUAAAACUUUUUGGGCUUGGA